UUACGUCACGUCAACACACUUCCGGUGUUUACAAAGCCUUCUUUCUCUUCGAAUGCGUUGUAAUUUAUUAGAACCGCGUUUAACCGCGUUGUAUUACAGUACGUCUGACUGAAUAUGUAAGGUGCCGAUUUAACAAACAUACCGAUUGAGUUGUGAAGUUAAAUACGCAAUUACGUUUGUGUUUGAAAGGAAUGGAAAACACCUUGUUUGGAUCCUUAAUCUAAGCUGGUGCCUCACUUAUUGGACUUUUUAUGUGCCUGUGACAAACAUACUACCCGUCAGAGGUUAUUUACGUUGUUUACUGCCGUCUUGCGCUUUUUAUAAUGAACAUUUUGCCUAAGAAGAGCUGGCAUGUGCGCAAUAAGGACAACGUUGCGCGCGUGCGCCGCGACGAGGCUCGUGCAGCGGAAGAAGAACGCGAGCUCCAACGGCGAGUGGAACGCGCAGAGCAAGAGGCUCGAACUAAUUAUUUAAGAAAAAAGUCUCAAGCGGCCCUCCAGGAGAAAGGUGACUGGACAGAAGAUGGGGAGACGGCACAGACGAGCCGAGGGGCCAGAGAGAUAGAACAUCUAAAUCUCUUUCCUAUAGAAGAUUCUGCUGAAAAGAAAGGCAAUGCAGAAUACCUCAAAGAGAAGAAAGAAGAGCAGGAGAAACAGGAACGUGCAAUUGGUCUUUUAGUGUCUCUGGGCCCUGCUCCUGGAACAGAGGUCACUCCUUGGUACCUGAAAAACAGAAAAGAUAAAGAGGAAGACGACGACAACGACAAAAAAGAUAAACACAAAACAAGUCGAGACAAAGACAAACAGAAAAGCUUCACUGAAGAGGAGAGGGAAAAGAAAGACAGGAAGCUGAAGAACAGUUUGGAUCCUCUUAAUGAUAUGAAGAAAGCCUUGUCAGUGAAGAACAAGAAGGAGAAAAAGCAUAAGAAAGAGAAGAGAGACAGAACGGAACAGAGGAGUGGAGAUAGUUCCAUAGAGAGGUUACGGGCAGAGCGACUGCAGAGAGAAGCGGAUGAGAGGAAAAGGGCACAGGCAUUACUGGAACAGAGAAGUGGUGGCGGGAAAGAAAAACAAGAAAGACAGUUGGGUGAAAGAGACAGGCCAUACAACAGUGCCUACUUUCCUGAAUUGGCACGGAAGAGGCAAAGGAGAGACGGGGAUCACUAUGGCUUUUAUUAGCUCACAGAGAGAUUGAUUCACUAUCCAAGUCAAGAAUUUACAGAACCAAGUCCCUGUUUUGUGAUUGGACAAGAAAUUAGCCACAUGUACAGUGUAAAGACCAUUUUAAAUGAAUGAUUGCUACAUAAAAACCAUCGAUCUGGCCACUCCAAAGCAUUUGUUGGCGUCAGACGGCUUUGUAAAAUGGAUAAACAAAAAAACUCGUUUUUGCAUGUGUCUGUGCUGACAUUACAGGAGUGAUUCAAUGAUUAUAAAAAUGCCUUUUUUUGUUACCUUGGACCUGCAACAGAGUUGUUUUAUGUGUCAUUCUGUGGAAUCAACAUUAAAGGUAAAGAGGCCUUUG